GCAAAAGAGAUUUGCUUUCCUUUUUUGCUACCUCGUAUCGAACUCUGCUUCUCUCCUAAUUCUUCACUUUCUUUUUUAUAAUUAUCUGAAUUUUUUCACUCCUUCUCCAAUUUCUUUUGCAUUUUAUCUAUAAUGCGUGUUUCGCUGCAGUGAUGAUUCAAAUUGUGGACUAGAGUUUCCGAUCUGGGUCUCAAGCCCCAGAAGUUGAAGACUAACCCUUGGCUGUCUGAGCAUAAACACGUAAGGAUGAAUUAUCAUCUAAAUGUAGAGUUGAGACGGAUGCCGGGAAAAGCUACGUGGAACAGUAGCUUUGACAGUUUCACGACUGUAUUGGAGCUACUCGAUGAUCAGCAUGCAGAUAUAUUGCGUCAGUCCUUUCUUUGGCCUCUGUACCAGUUGAGAGAGGUGCAGUACUCAGGGCAGAUUAUCGAUGCACUUUUAUGUCGGUUGCUGAGUCGAGUCGACGGUGAUGCCUUCCACUUCGAUCUCGGGGGCAAAGUCGUCAGUUUUUCGAUGUUCGAGUUUGCACUGGUCACUGGAUUAAAGAUUACGGGCGAUGAAGCAGCUAGUAAAGAGAUUCAGAGAAGAAAUAGGCUACACGAUGCUUACUUUCAGGGACAGGGAGCGAUUAUUCUACCGCAGCUGAUCGACGCAAUCAGGAGGUGUGAUCAGAUGCUAGAUAGACUGAAGUUAGGUCUGGUUUACAUCCUUGAGAGCGUGUUGCGGUGUCACCAUAAGAAGACUGCGAUCGACAUCUUCCAUCUGGAGAUCGUCGACGAUAUUGAUCGCUUCAACAACUAUCAUUGGGGUCGGAGAUGUUUCGAGGAUACUGUACACGUGUUCACUAGAUCACACUCGAAGCCCAAGGGGUUUGUGCGUAAAUACAACACUUAUGGGUUGCCCUUGGCACUGCAGAUUUGGGCUUAUGAGACCGUUCCUCUAUUGGGUACUCGCUUUGCGAAGCGGGGGGGGGGGUAUACGUUGCCCUCGAAUGUACCAUUGGCGAGCAUCUCGAGUAGAAGGAUGUCCAACUGGGAAACAAUUAUCGGCUCUUCUCGACGACCCUCAUCUUGAAGUAAUAACUGAUUUGACACUGUCGAUGGAGGAGGAGGCUAAGGGUCUGGUGCAUGAAUUACCCAUUUCGCACACUCAAGACGAUCAGAUGUCCGAUUCGGUCCACGAUCGAGAUUGGGAGUACGGUUCAGUUGAUCGACGAUUGCCUCCGCCACGGGCAUCACCUCCACCCAGGGCAUCACCUCCAUCCCAGUCCAGAGACCUUUCUCGUGAAUUUCUUCCACAUAGUCAAGGUCAUUAUUUCGAUGAUCUGUAUGCUCGUCUGACUGGAUUUAUGGCGCAGGAGCUCGGCGUGCUACGUCGAGAGAUGAUAGAGAGGGUCGACAAUUUGGGACGACAGUUGGUAGGAAGGGUUGAAGAUUUAUCCGAUGAUGUUAGAGUGCUGCAUAACCAUUACGUGGACCUUCACGAUGAUAUUGUAGCACUCCGAGGUGAUAUAGCCGACAGACGAUUGAGGUGGCGAGCCUGGAGGAGGUGACGGUCGCCGAGGCGGAGGAGAAGAGGACAACCGCUGUGACUAAAGCUAAAAAGCGUAUUGUUGACGUGUCAGAGCUGUUGGUCGACAAAGAGGUCGAGAGUGUCGUCACAGUACAUCGUCUCUCCUUUCACAACUGAGACGAAAAGCAGUUUCGUCGAUGGGACGUAGCUCAAUCUGUUUCGGGAGGUUGAACAGGCCAAAUGAAAAGUAUUCGAGAUUGAGUGGCGAAGAAUUUUGCCCAGAGUCAGCCGUAUGAUAGUUGGAAGGAUGAUAUUGGACACAUAUAAGUGGUUUCAUGAUAUCACCACUCAGGGGACUUGGCUCGCCGACUACCACAUCGACAUGAUCAUAGGCUUUCUAUGCGAUCGAGCUAAGAGAUAUCCACGAUUAUUCCAAAUUCCUGGUCAAAUAAUACUGAAUAUCGAGUUCUUCCGUGCCGUUAUAAUUAAAUAUCAGGUGCUCCAACUUAUAGGUAAUGAGACAUGCUGUCUGGGUAUAUAUUCAAAUGCGUUAUCAAGCGAUCACCGAGUGUUGUGUAAAAGUCAUAGGAGGGUUAUACGCAUAUGUACAUUUCAGUGAUCGUGAAUCAUCACUGCAUUGCUCUGGAUAUCAUAUUUGUUGACUCGACGUUAUAUGUGUAUGAUCCCGAUCAUUUAUGUCUAACACAAUGGCAGCUAGAGCUGAACUUGGAGCCGGUAAUUAUGAACGUUAAUCUGAUGGCUAGAAAGGCGGGCUUGACUGUGCAGGACAAACUAGCCAUCGUGCGGUCAACGACGAUGUGACAAUCUAUAUCGUAAGUGUUUGUCAAUUAUUUUUAAACAUAUAAAUUAGUUUUUACGUAGUUGGAAUCAAUUAACACAUUAUUGUUCAUUUGUGGGGGGACUGUGGCAUUUUGACUAUCAAGUACAAUAAAUUUUUUAGUAUAGCACAUAAGAUUAAUGGAA